CGCUCGGAGGCCCCGGCGGCGGCGGGGGCAGAGCCCAGCUGCGUCAGGCUGAGCCCAUUCACCGAGCAACCGCAGGAGCGCAGCGCCAGCGCCGCGCCGCCCGGCCCCGCCGAGAGGGGCGCACUCGCCGCCGCGGGCCCGGCUGCCGCUCACCGCAGCCCCCUCCUGGCGACCCGCAAGUCCUCUCAAACUGUGAGUAGGUGGUUUGUGCAUCCUUCAGUAGCGAAGUGAAGAGGUGCCAGCGGUCUUCCGACGUGGACCUAUUGAUUCCCUAUUCUGAAAUCAAGAGGCGACUCCUCUGCAAAUUGCUGCAAUGUCUGUAUCUAAUCUAUCAUGGUUGAAGAAGAAGUCCCAGUCGGUGGAUAUCACAGCUCCAGGGUUCAAUCCUUUGGCUGGUGCAGGAAAGCAAACACCCCAAACUAGUAAACCCCCUGCACCCAAGACUCCCAUCAUUGAAGAAGAGCAGAACAAUGCAGCAAAUACCCAGAAGCAUCCUUCCCGAAGGAGUGAACUGAAGAGGUACUACACCAUCGACACUGGCCAAAAAAAGACCCUAGACAAGAAAGAUGGGAGACGGAUGUCUUUUCAGAAACCUAAAGGGACUAUUGAGUAUACUGUUGAAUCAAGGGAUUCUUUGAAUAGUAUAGCCCUGAAAUUUGAUACAACGCCCAACGAGCUUGUUCAGUUAAAUAAAUUAUUCUCCCGAGCAGUUGUUACUGGACAGGUUUUAUAUGUUCCUGAUCCUGAGUAUGUGUCCAGUGUUGAGAGUUCGCCAUCUCUAAGUCCCAUAAGUCCUCUGUCACCAACAUCAUCUGAAGCCGAAUUUGAAAAGACCACUAAUACUGAUGUAAUCCAUCCAAAAGAAGCAGCUCCUUCAUCAAAUUUUACUGGUAUUCGACCUGCACGAGUGGUAUCUUCAACUUCUGAGGAAGAAGAAGCAUUUACUGAGAAAUUUCUUAAAAUCAAUUGCAAAUAUAUCACCAGUGGCAAGGGCACAGUCAGUGGUGUGCUACUAGUUACUCCAAAUAAUAUAAUGUUUGAUCCACAUAAAAAUGACCCAUUGGUUCAAGAGAAUGGCUGUGAGGAAUAUGGCAUCAUGUGUCCAAUGGAAGAGGUGAUGUCAGCUGCAAUGUACAAAGAAAUUUUGGAUAGCAAAAUAAAGGAAUCCUUACCCAUAGAACUAGAUCAGUUAUCAGGAAAGGACUUCUGCCAUUCAAAGAAAAUAACAGGAAUUAAUACUGAGGAAAUGGACUCAAGAAUCCGUGAUGCAGGUAAUGAUAGUGCCAGCACUGCUCCUAGGAGUACUGAGGAGUCUCUUUCUGAAGAUGUGUUCACAGAAUCAGAACUUUCUCCAGUUCGAGAGGAGCUUAUCUCUUCAGAUCAGCUACGACAAGAUAAGUCAUCUGGUGCAUCAUCAGAAUCUGUGCAAACUGUCAAUCAGAUUGAAGUAGAAUGUUCAGUGGCCAAAUCAGAGUCUACUAGUACUCUUGAUCAUUCAAAAUCCAGUACUGAACAUUCUACAAAUGAAGUUGGGGCUUUAUCUCAUGCAGCUGAUUUAAAUAAUCUGGAAAUGUCCACUAAGGGAGGAGAUACAGUUACAGAUAACCUUCAAGAAUUAUCAGCCCCUAAAGAACAAAGCACAAGUAUAAAAGGUCAUGUAAUCCAAGAUGGUUUUCGUCAUGAGGAUUCAUUGCAUCAAGAAGAGAGUGGAAAAGAAAAUAUGCCUUAUGGAGAAACGACAGAAUUUAAACAAAAGCAAACUGUUGACAAAGGAAAACAAGGAAAGGAACAAAAUUGGGACUCGGAGACAGAGGUAGAAGAGUUACGUAAACUCUGGAAAACUCAUACCAUGCAACAAACUAAAGAGCAAAGGGAAAAUAUUCAGCAAGUGUCACAGAAAGAAAUCAAACAUAAAAUUAUAUCUGCUGAUGGGCAUGUAGAAGGUUCUGCACUUUUAAAGGAAAAGAGAAGAAAUAGAUUACAUAAGUUUUUGUGUCUCAGAGUUGGAAAACCAAUGAGGAAAACAUUUGUAUCCCAAGCAAGCGCUACAAUGCAACAGUAUGCACAAAGAGAUAAGAAACAUGAAUAUUGGUUUGCAGUGCCACAAGAAAGGACGGACCACUUAUAUGCCUUCUUCAUUCAGUGGAGUCCAGAAAUAUAUGCAGAAGAUACUGGUGAAUAUACUAGAGAACCUGGGUUUAUAGUAGUAAAAAAGAUUGAAGAGUCUGAAACAAAUGAGGAUUCUACUAAUCAAGCAGCAGCCAGAGAAUGGGAGGUAGUGUCAGUGGCUGAGUAUCACCGCAGGAUCGAUGCUCUAAAUACUGAGGAACUGCGCACACUCUGCAGACGUCUCCAGAUUACUACAAGAGAAGACUUAAAUUCAAAGCAGGUUGCUCCGGUGAAAGCAGACCUGGAGUCUGAAUCUUUUCGACCAAAUCUAAGUGAUCCCAGUGAACUUUUACUGCCAGAUCAAAUUGAAAAGCUUACCAAGCAUCUUCCACCCAGAACAAUUGGCUAUCCAUGGACUCUUGUUUAUGGUACUGGGAAGCAUGGCACAAGCUUGAAGACUCUUUAUCGAACAAUGACAGGUUUAGAUACCCCAGUACUGAUGGUGAUUAAAGACAGUGAUGGACAGGUUUUUGGUGCAUUAGCAUCUGAGCCAUUUAAAGUAAGUGAUGGUUUUUAUGGUACUGGAGAGACCUUUGUUUUUACAUUCUGUCCAGAGUUUGAGGUCUUUAAGUGGACAGGAGAUAAUAUGUUUUUUAUCAAAGGAGACAUGGAUUCACUAGCUUUUGGUGGUGGAGGAGGAGAAUUUGCCCUUUGGCUUGAUGGAGAUCUCUACCAUGGAAGAAGCCAUUCUUGUAAAACAUUUGGGAAUCAUACACUUUCUAAGAAGGAAGAUUUCUUUAUCCAAGACAUUGAAAUCUGGGCUUUUGAAUAAAUACAGUGCUGUCUGUCUUAGCAGGAUAAUGGCCCAAACCUGACAUGGACAAGCAUUAUUUGGAAAUGUUCAAGAAGCAAUACAAUGUAACAUGUCACUCAUGCUUUAAAAUUAGUCUCUAUCACCAUUUAUUACAGCUAUAAGUUUAGAAUUGAUUUUUCAAAUCAUGUUCUGUCCCAGAGUUCCCUAAGUUUAGACAAUGGCCUGGGUCCAUGUUGUAUAAUAACCUGAGUUUGUCAGAAUUUUGCCAGCAUUUAGAUCAUAGUCACUACCUUAUUUUCAGGUCAUGUUAUCUCAGUCUUCAAAUAGGAUGGUGCUCUUUUGUUGAAUCUUUUUUUUUUUUAACUGUAUUGUUUCUUUUACUAGAGCAGUCAAAUUGGGACAUUGAGGAAAUGAAGUCUAAAUACUUUUGUAUCUAUGAAUUUGGAAAAAGUGAUAUUUGGACCUGCUCAUCUUAUUUUUAUGGAGGAGAAACCACAAGCCAAUAUAAUACAUACUUCACAGACCACUGAGUUCUAGUUUAGAUUCACACUACAAUAUUCUCUUUAUUAAUUUUUCAAGUAUUCUCAAUUUCAUUUUAAGGAAAUGAAAUUUGAGGAGAAUUCUGAUUGUAAUAGAUCACAGUGCACAUUAUCUGCAGGUUUGGGCACAUAGUUUCCUCAUUGAAUUGAAUUAUCAGAUGCAGAAUUAUACAUUGACAAAGGAGAAUGAGAACUUAAUGUUUCUAUUGGAUUUACUAUAUUAAGCAAGAAAUUAUACUCUUUACAUAUUUGUAGCUUAUAUAGGGCAUUAUUCAAAAACUAUGAAACAAUUGCAUAUUUCUUCAACAUAUUGUGUCAGUUAUUAUACUGUUUUAUAAUUCUGUUGUUUUAGCCUUGUUGCAUACCAACUCCAAAAACAUAAGUUUUUUUUCUGUUCAAAAGGAAAAACAAUCUUGUAGUUUUUAUUUUUUGUGACAUUUUAUUAAUUACCAUUAGCAUUGCUCUUAUAAAAGGGCAUUGAUUAUAGUAGACACUAUUGUAACUCAGUAGACUUGGUGAAUAUGCAAACUUAUUGUCAAGUGACCUCAAAAAAGAAAAAAAAAGAAAGAAUAGAAUACACUAGUAGUUCUUAUCCUCUUUUGUAGGAAACCAAUAAUAAGCCAUUGUGGCAAUAAUUCAUCAGCUAAAUUUCAGAGCUUCAUGUUAUGCAAAAAAAAAAAAAUCCUGCUGUUAUUCAUGUGACAGUGACUUUGUGCUGAAAUUUCAGCUAUUCCAGAUAAACAUUGUAUAUCUUGUAAAUUAAUGUUUAAAGGUAGUUUUGUUCAUAUAGAAAGUGUUAAUUGCCAGAUUGCUUCCAGCACUUUAAAUUAUUCUAAAGAUGAAUUAUAAGCCAAAUAUGUUGGCUUAAGUAGUUUUAGUUGUAUAACAAUUAUAUUUAGUUCUUUAAAGUUUAUUAUAUAAAGAAAGCAUAAUGCUAAUCAAAAAGAAAAUCUGGUGUUCUAUCAUAAUAUGCUAUUGACAAAUAUUAAUAGAAACACGGGGCAUCAUUUCCUUGUCUAUAUAAAGCUCUAUCAUUAUAAGUUAGUAUCAGUAUAUAGAUUAAAUGUUUACAAAGUAGGGAAUUGUAAAUAAAUAUAUCAGUUUUUUUUCCUCCUUUUGGUCUUCCACAGCAGUAUUAUUGUCUUUGUGGAGUUGACUACUCAUAAAAUAAAUCCUGUAAUGGAUUUCAAGUACAAGUUCUUAGUGGUGUAUACCAAAUAAAAUUAAAUAUAUAAAUACAAA